AUGAGUUUUGUUUGGAGGAAUGUUGUCAAGCCUCCUCCUUUAACAAAUACAUCAUCAACAGGUGCAACAUCAUCAACAACAACAACAGCAACGAACUCCUACGGAACACCAUCCACCCCUCCCCUCAUGAUGGCCAAUAAUAACGGAUCAGUACGAAACAACCCAUCAACCACCACCCCAACAAAUGUUCCGACGACUAGCAGCAAUAGCACAAAGGCUUCUUCUGCAAGAGCUUCUACAACGACUUCAUCGAGUAAUACCGUUGGAUCAACAGCGAAGAGAGGAUCUAAAAAGAAGGAGCCAGAAACAUCAACACCGUUUUUUGCAACAUCUUUUAUACCUUUUCAUUCUGCUUCGUUGAAAGGAAUCACUCCAUUAUUACCUGCCAAACCAGUCAGUCAACAGCCUUUUAUUGCCAUGUCAAAUGCUUCUUUGAAUUCAAUGCCUCCUUUUCCGACUUCAUCAUCCAAACAAGCCUAUGAUUCGGAAGAUGACAUGUUAAGUUAUAGUAGCAACUCGAGUGAUUCUGAUGAUAGUAGUAGUAGUGGAGACUCUGAAUCUUCGAAUGAAGAUUCAUAUGAGUCAUCAUCGUCAACAUCUUCUGAGAAAUUAAAAAAGAAGAAAAAGAAACCCAAGAAAAAGUCAUCCAAGAAAGAGUCUUCCACCAAAAAGAAGACAGAAAAAGAGGUAGCGCCACCAGUGGUGACUGAAAAACCCUCCGAAAAAAAGGAUGUCAAGAAAAUAGCUGAGAAACCAGAAAAGAAAAAGAAAACAAAAAAAAAGGAAACUAAAAAAGAUUCCACACAAUCUGUAGAAUCAUCAGCAAAAACAGAUGAAACGGUUGCAGAAAAGAAAGCUGACAACACAAAACAACCAUCCUCUCUGACAACAACACCUCCUGGAACCACCGCUGUGACCGCAAAUACUGCUACGACCAACAUUUCGACAUCGACCUCAUCAACAACAUCAGCCACAUCUACAACAAAACCAGCAAAAAGAAAGUACACUAGGAAAAAAGAUAAAGAGGCAGCAGCAUCCAAAGAUCAGGAUGCCAACAAGGUAGAGAAAGAACCUUCUCCUGCAAAAAAGAAGCGAAAGGCUAAAUCCAAAUCAGAAGCUGAUUCUGCAACAGUCACACCUACCAAAAAGAAAAAAACAAAGGCAGCUACAGUUGUCACGCCUCCCAUUGCCUCCACAUCUACCAGCAAUGCCACCUCACUGAGAGAGACUACAGUCAACAAUACUCCACAAGUAACGAUCUUACCAAAAUCAACUCCAGAAAAAAAGCAAAAAGACAGCAAUAUUUAUGCAACAGAGGACGAUGAACGACUGUUCAUUAUGGACAGAUACGAAUUUCAGCAAUCAAAAUCUUUGAAAAAGAUCGAAGACCCACCUUUUUUCUCUAAAAAUUAUAGCCAUGAUAAAUUACGAGAUGACAUUUACGGAUUACCUUGGUGCUUCGUCAAAGAAUCAGAAAUUAAUGGCGCAGAAAAAUCAAACAAUUUUAUUCCCAAUUCAUAUUUGGAGCAUGUUGUAAAUGAACAUCACAAUAUUUUUUCUGAAGAUGUUGUCGACAAUGACAUGGACGAUGAUAUUGAAAUGAAAGCUGCAAAACAAGAAAAUGAUACUAUUUAUGAGCCAGUAUCCAUUUCAGGGUAUGAUUGUUUAAUACCUGUGGAGCUCAUUCAAAACCCAGAAUUAUUCAAAACAAUAUUCAGUAUGAACACAUGGAAUAAUGUAUUGAAGGAACACCAUAGAAUGUACCUUAAACAAUUUUUACCUCCCUGCCUUUUCACAAACACUACCAACCAUAUGAUAGAUCAUUCACGAGCAUCAUCUUUAAAUGAUGACACUUCUGGCACCUCCAACCAAGAAACAUCAACUUCAUCAAAUGAAAGCAAUCAUAGCGAGAAAAGGCACUUUGACCUUUCUGAAUCUCGAGAAGAGGAACUUCAUGAAUGGCAACAACUGAUGAAUGGAUCGUCAGUACGCCACAAGAAAUCCACAUUCUCCUCUCGCGCCAAUAAUGACCAAAUGAUUUCUUCACACUCUUCACAACUUGUUGGAAAUUCCAUUACCCUCAAACAAAACGAACCUGAGAUAUUCACAAGAACUCUUUCUCAACUCUUCAAUCAGACACCUCUCUUAUUUAAUCAACCCAAUGAUACCACAAAAUUAAUUCAAAGUAUCACACGAGGAGAAAAUCAUCCUGCUGUACAAAUAGAAAAGCAACAAAUGAGAUAUCUAAAGUCAAUUAAUUUACGAUUAGAAUAUCACCUUUAUGUGGAAUGUGAGCUAAUGGCAAAACGAAAACUAUCUGCUCAACUCAAAAUCAAAAACCUGAACUUGUCUAUGCCUGCAUUUCUCAUGAAACCAACAAAGCAAACCACUCUUGCGAUUGCAGAUCAGAAACGAAGAAUGGCUGAAAGAAAUAACAAGAUACCAAUUCCUCAAGCGCCUUCAUUGUUAUUGGAUCAGCAAGGAGGGUCCAUGGAACCACCUUCAAGCAGCUCUUCAACAGCCAACACCUCACAACAGCAACAACAGCAGCCCGUUAACAGCCAAAAAGACCAAUCUCAAGCAACAGGUGCCACCAACAACACAUCAAAAGAGACAGAUUCAAAAACAUCAGCUAAAAACACCCAACAAACGUCCACACUCACACCAGUGGUGAAAGAACGAAAAAAGCCAGGUCCAAAGCCAAAAAAGAAAAAGGAAGGCGAGCCUGUCGUAUUCGAAUUUGUAAGCUUUAAGGUGUCUGGAAAUCCUCCUCCUGAAGAAAAGGAAACCACAACUAAAUCGAAAAAGAAGCAAAAGUAA